AUGACUAUCGAAAAGAAAAUAUCAGUGGCAUUCGUAUGUCUGGGGAAUAUAUGUCGUUCUCCCAUGGCAGAAGCUGUGUUUAGCCACAUAGUGAAGCAAGCUCAUCUAGAAGACAAAUUCGAGAAAAUUGAAUCAUUUGGUACCGCAAGGUAUCACAUUGGUGAAGAACCCGAUUCAAGAAGUUCAGCAACAUGUAGGAAACAUGGAGUUCCUGUUAACCAUAGGGCACAACAAAUUAAGAGUGGGCAUUUUAAGAAGUUUAAUUAUAUUAUUUGUAUGGAUGAGUCAAAUUUCCAAGAUUUACAAAGAAUCAAACCAAAGGAUUCUCCUAAGGAAUUUGGUAAUAUAUAUCUAUUUGGUCAUUGGAAUACGAAUGGGAAAUUUAAUAAAAUUGUUGAUGAUCCAUAUUAUGGAGGUGUUGAUGGAUUUGAAUAUAAUUUUAAGCAAGUCAGUUAUUUCAGUGAGGAAUUCUUGAAACGAGAAUUAUGA